AUGCAUCUCCUUGAUAUACCCCCGGAAAUUAUUCUUCACAUCUUGUCUUACCUGGACCUGCCAGAUCUUGCAGUCCUCUCUGAAGUCAUGCCAACCCUCAACCCCCUCACUUCGGAUCCCGUUCUUCACAAGUAUCGUCUCAGCAUUGUUUCUCCCUCAAGAAUCAACCACUUUUUGUUUGGGACGACCCCGCAAGGCCAUGCUUUACGGCCGACGGUAGGGGAUCUUGUCCAGAGAGGUGUGAUUCGAGGGCUAGGCAUCGAACGACGGUGGAGAGCGGGUAACUAUUUUUAUUCGUUGAACUCCAUUAUCCAAUACGAGAACAGCCUAUCAUUGUCCCGUCGACAUGCCAGUCACGUCCUCUCCAUUCAGAUGAGGCGCCGGUCGCCAACUCCAAGCAACGUACUCAAACUACUUCAUUCCAAUCAUGUUCUCCCCGACGUCGAAUCUUCGUCUACCAACAUGGCUCGUUCACUACAACCCGUCGUGCACAAACUCAAAUGGUCCCUGCAGCGGGACAGGUUAGCAAAGUUGAUAAAGAACAACUCGUGCAGUAUCACGGGUAGCAAGGCUGGUUUUGGAGCUUGGCUUGAGAGUACGGCGAGGCACAUUAUUCAAGACGGCGAGAAGGUCCGUUUAGCGAUAUGUCCUGAUAUCAGACAAAGAGUCGUGUUUUAUGAACGAUUGGCCAACGCUUGA